GUUAAAAAAAUUAUUGGUGGUUAUUAAAUAUGAAAUAUUAAACAAUUAAUAUCAACUUCACGUAAUAUUAUAGUAUCUAUAUUUAAUUGACUUAUUUGCGAAAAUGGAUUUUAUACAAGUAUUGGAAGACGAAGGAGAUGAUCCUAUUGAAUUGCCUACUGAAGAAGAUGGUAGCUUAUUGCUGUCAACACUACAGGCACAAUUUCCAGGUGCUUGUGGGCUUAAAUAUAUUAAUGAAGAAACAAAGUGCUUUCGCGGGGUACGUUCGAAUGAGGGUAGAUUUUUCCCACCCUACGUAGAAAUCGGCUGGGGUUCACAUGCUUACUAUUGUGUAUUUCCGAAAGAAAAUAAACGCAAAAGUGAUGAUAAUUUGGAAAAUUCAACUGCCAAAACGAAACGUAUUGAAUCACGUCCGCGUUGCACGGAUUUAAUUGUCUUAGGCCUGCCUUGGAAAACCACUGAGGAUAGUUUACGUUCAUACUUUGAGACAUAUGGCGAAGUGUUAAUGACUCAGAUUAAAAAAGAUAUGAAGUCGGGACAAUCAAAAGGUUUUGGAUUUGUGCGAUUCGGUUCAUAUGAUGUACAGGUGCGGGUAUUAUCUACAAGACAUUUAAUCGAUGGCCGCUGGUGUGAAGUGAAAGUACCUAACUCUAAGGGUAUGGUUAAUCAGGUACCUUGCAAGGUAUUUGUAGGGCGAUGUACUGAGGAUAUGAACGCUGAUGACUUAAAAGAUUACUUUUCAAAAUUCGGGGAAGUAACAGACGUUUUUAUACCUAAACCUUUUCGUGCAUUUAGUUUCGUAACUUUCCUUGAUCCUGAAGUGGCUCAGUCGCUGUGCGGCGAGGACCAUAUAAUAAAAGGCAUCUCUGUUCACGUGUCUAAUGCAGCACCAAAAGGUGAACAAAAUCGUGGUAGAAAUUCUCCCGGUUCUGUUAGUUUAGCUCCCCACUCGGGCCCUAUAAAUUUUGGUGGUGGACGACACGGGGUGGGUGAACAUCGAGGAUCCUAUAAAAAAGGAAAUCGGUGCGAUGGUAACAUGAUGAACCAGAACGGUAACGGUAUGAUGAAUAUGCGAGGCUACGGUAUGAAUAGCGGCAAUUUUGGUGGUAAUGGUCAAAAUUACGGCAAUCCGGGAGGAAAUAUGGGCAUGAAUGCCAUGAUGGGCGGUAGUGCAGGGGGUCCUAGUCGGAAUUCGGAACCGGCAAUGGGACCAUAUCAAAGGGGCAACGGGAACAACUAUAUGAAUAAUCAUAUGCCGGGGCCGCAUCAGGGCAAUGGUAUUAAUGGUAAUAAUAAUGGUGGCGGUUGGAAUAAUCAUCAGAAUCGAAAUUUGGAUAUGCCCAAUCUUCAAACAUUAGGCAUUAAUUCGCAGGGACCGAAAUCUGCGGCGCCUGGACAGAACAUGAACAAUUCUCUCGGUGUGGGUCUUAACUUAAACUCGCUGCCCAUGAAUCCAGCUAUAGUCGCAGCUGCUCUUAAUCAAUGGAGCCUUUUGGGCAAUCAGCUACAAAAUCAGACUCAAGAUCAGGGCGGAAAUUUUCUUUCAUGGAUGGCCCAUACUAACAAUUCCGGGAGUGGAGCCAAUAAUAUGCAUGGUGGUAGCAACACCCCUGUUAAGGGCUCAAAUGUCAAUACCGCACCCGGCGUUAAUCAACCUCCAGCUGCAUCACCGUGUAAUGAUUCAACUCAAGCAAUUUGUUAAUGUAAAUGUAAAAUAUUUUCAAAAUUCUCUUUCUCUCUGUCUCUGUUCCAUUUCAUGCGUGUUUUUUGUAUAUGUAUGUGUGUGUUUGUAUGGAUGGAUGGAUGGAUGGAUGGAUGUGUAAUUAUAUAUCUAAAGAAUGCGAGCUCAACUAUUUACAACACCGAAAGGAAAUGUUGGUUACGGCAGCAGUUCUUGAUCUUUAUGCCCAAAAUACCAACAACAGCACCAACGUUAAUAAGCUUAAGCUAAAAGCCCAGUUUUAUGUAAAUUUCGAUUUUCCUUUAGGGUGUUUUUCUUUCUUUAUUAGUGAUUACAUAAACUUUUUUCAAUAAGUGAAGUGUGCGUGUGAUUUUGCAAACGAAAAAACAUUAUUGCAAAAAAUUGAUCAUGAGAGCGUCUGAAAAUCAUUGUUUUAAGCAUUAAAGUCUCAACAAAAAUCAUAUUUAAUUAGCGAGCAACAAUAAAAUAAUCGGCAUAAUGAAUAUUGAAUGUCUUAAUUUUAAAUUUUGUUAUAAUAUAAGCAUAAAGAUAUACUUUUUUUUUUUUUAUGUUUUAUUAUACAUUAUUGUCAAGAAAUAAAUGACUAACAGGAUAAGUAAAAACUUGUAAAUGUAUGAACUUUUUCCGUUUCUGUUUCGUUUUUUUUUUUUUACAUCAAAAUUCUUUUACAAUAAAGUGUAGAAACGAUUCAUAUAACCCAA